AUGUGUGAGGAAAACAGCUAUUCAUUUGGUAGAGAUCACUUCAGUAAUUAUUGUUUAAACAAUGCAGGUAAAUUUUCCUGUGCAGUUGAUUGUUUUCUCGAGCUGUGUUAUGGUGUUUUUUUGUAAUCAUCUUCAUAGCACUACACGAAAUGAGUUUUUGACGUUAUCUAUGAGUCAUGUAAUCAAAGAGAAAACCUUGGGGCUAUUGACAUUGUGCGAGAACCUGUGUGGUUAUGGCUCAGAGAUCAUUGUUCAUCAUUUUCUGCAAUGACUGCCAAUGCUGUUUUUAGUGACAUAUUUACAUUGAAUACUGUCGGAGAGUUAAGUGAGGACCUCAAGUCAUUGUUUGUUGUUCAGCAAUGCAAUCAGUCGUGUUGCGCAUCAUGUGGCAACCAAAUCAUAUAUAAGACAGGUAUAUUUGUUCUUUACAUUACCUGCCCAAAUAUCAUUUCCACGCAAUUUGCAAAUCAUGUUUCAGAAGCUGUUCUUCCUCACAGUAGGGCUCUUUAUUGUGAAUCUUGCCAAAAACACAGUGGUGAUGUUUCUGCAUUGCGACAUUUUGUAACACUUCCCACAUUUUUAACUAUUGAAUUGUCAUCCAAUUGUAUUGAUCAAAUUACAUUUCCUUUAACUAUGGACGUUUUAGAAAAUUAUUAUUCACUGAAAGCUGUUGUGCGUUCUGCAAGUCAACAUUUUACUAUCGCUAUAAAUAAAGGAACACAUUGGUUGUAUUUUGAUGAUAUCUGCAGAUCAAUUCAGCAAUAUUCCACUUUUCAAAACCUCUUGAUUGCCCAUGCCAAUGGCUGGUAUUUUGCUGUCUAUGAAAAGUCUGCCAUUCCAUUCAUUGAUAGCGGUAAUGCACAUGCAGCUGUGAACCAAUCUAAGUACACCCAAGAAUACCUCACAGGACAUUCAGUGCCAAAAGUACUCAUUAAUGAUACUUUAACAGUGCCAUCAAACAAACACAUUGCACAAGCAAAACAAAAUGCAUACAUGAAAGAAUAUCGAAAGAAAAGAAAAAGUAAUGAAACUGCAGAAGAACAACUUGCCAAAAACAAAAGCAAAAUGCUUACAUGA